GUUUCUUCACCGCUGGCGUCGCCGAACGUCAUCGCUUCGACACGACGAUACAAGACAGAACAAAAGUGAGAGAAAGGGGGAGAAAUGACGAUGCUGCCCGUGGAACCGUUUCUGCAACUUUGGCAGCUUCCUGGCUGGCUGGUUUGCCGAAGAGCCUCGUCCAGGCGCUCAUGGGCGAACAAUUCCCACGAACAAGACUCUCCAGGGAAACUGCUGCCCGAAAAACCUCGCCAGAGAUGAAGAUAACCGCCACCUUCAAACGCCGAGCCCUGAGCCGCCUCCACACCGUCUCCAGGCCACACAUCCUCGCGUUGAGGCUGAAGCUUGGCGCAUAGACUACAAGGGCUGUAUUCGGCGACAUCCAUCAUCGUUCUAAAAAUGAGCUGAGCUACCUCAAACGGGUAUACCAUGGCGUAAAACCACAGGAGGGUAAAUCUGCUACCUCCCUUCAAUCAUAAAGGCGCACACCCUUUCCUCUGGCAUGCACACUACCUCCACCACCAGCUCUUCUCCUCCAGCCAUCACAUUUCUCCUCUUAAACUUCUCCUACUUCUUCACCAUGGGCAAGCUCAACAAGCACCUCGACAGCGACUAUGAGUCCUAUGAGAGCGCGCGUCUAGGAACAGAAUACGAUACGCAUCAUGCUCCCGCGCCAAAGCCGUCGGAGAAAAGCGUCGCUGUAGACCCGCAUACAGACCGUCUCAUUUCGCGCAUCCGGCUCGGUCUGCGAAUCCUGUCUUUCCUUCUCUCCGCUAGCAUAGUGUGCGUGCUCGGUCAUGGAGUGGGCGUAUAUCACGCGACGAAAGACAAGUUCGUGACGCCCAAAGCGGAGGGCGUCGCCAUGAAGGUGUGGCUCGGGAACAUGAAGAUGCGGCCGACGUAUGUGCUGCUGGGCGUAGCAUCAGUAGCGACGACGUUGAGCUUGCUCCUGAUCAUUGCGAGUUUCUCCAAAGCGAUCCGCCGCCUAACCACCAUCGGCAACCUAGCCACGGCCGUCGUCUCCAUGAUCUGCACCAUCCUGUGGUUCGCCGCGGGCGCCUACUACAAAGCCGACGACGCGAACGACCGCAUGCAUUUCGACUUCGUGUCGUACGUGUGCUUUCACCAGGGCAAUGCGAUGCUCGGCCGGCAGAUCGGGAACAUGCAUGUGCUGUGCGGCGAGCUGAGGUACGCGUGGUGGGCGGUCGUGGUGAUGGGCACGGUGGAGCUCGCGUCGUCGGCGACGGUGGGCUGGGGCAUGGUGGCUGCGAGGAAGAAGGGGGCGUAUUCGAAGAUUUGAGGAUGGGGAGAUGGCUUGGGGAGGUUUUUGGAGGGGUGUAUUAUAUUUGCAUGUGGGUUCGUGGUGGAGGUUUGGAGUUUGUGGCUUUGUUGGCUUGGUGCAUCCUGGGGACUUUCGGGGAGCAUUGUAUUGUACAUAGCAUUCUUCGGCCCUGUCGAUAUUUCAGCUGGUACCUUAGCGCGCCGUCGGAAAACUGUUGUCCAGUGUUCUAAUGCCAACUGAAGAAGAGAGAAGAGUCCGAAUGUGGGUCAGCUUCCUGCACCACCACCAGUAAAAUCGCCAACCGUAGAACGCUUCCCACUUCGCAAAAGCCGGAUCCAGUCCACCCACAGCUAAUAUACAAUUUUUCCUCUAACGUAUUCUGCCCUCUCU